AUGCCGUUCAUACGAUCGGCAUCUUCACAGCAGUCUAGACCUUCGACUAUCAAUCAAUCACGCUCGCUGCCCUUCAGGAUCUGCAACCAAAACCUGGAACGGGAACCCCAACGCGCCAAAAGAACAGGCGCAUCUUCCAAAGAUGUACGCACUCGACGUGGCGCAAGUAAUUUCCAAGCCAUGGAGAGAGAAGUUCGCCAAUGUGAUAUCUCCAAAGACGACGUUCUCGCUACGAGCAUAAUCCCGGCACGCAUUUCAUUCUAUCAAGACUUUCGGUCGCCAAGCGAAAAUUCCAUCUUCAUCCCCACAAGCACGGGUCGAGAGGUGAUUCCAAGACUCCGACCAUGCAGCGACGCCGUCUUUGAAUACCACAAGCUACCGGUAGGCCAUGCCCGCCCCCGCUCCCGCCCCCAAAUAUCGCGGUCCGGAAGCUAUGGGGCCUAA